AUGUGGUUCGAGAUAAGGAGCGUCAUGGACGGCAUCGGUUUCCUAACCAUACUUUCCGGUUCAAUGUUCAUCGGGAGUUACUUUGCUGGAUCUAUACCAAUGAUGUUCAAUUUAUCGGAGUCGAGAACACGCAUGCUAAGCAUAUUCGGAGCAGGAUUACUACUUGGAACAGCUCUAUCUGUUAUAAUACCUGAAGGAGUCGAAUCACUCUACAGUGCCCAAUCAGAUAGUGCUCACUCAGAGUUUCAUGGAAUCAACAAUCCUGCAAAAGCCAAAGCAAUUCUUGAAAAUGCAAAAGCUGAGAGAGAAGAACCACCACGUAUUUUUCCAAAAAAUUUGGAAGAAAAAAUGGAUGCUGUUGAUCUGGGAAAUCCAAAGUCGAGGAAGAAACGUGGAACCCAAUUACAUGGUGUUUCUCAUGGUACUCCUGUAAAUCCAACCAUAAGAGAGAAACGCGAGGAACUUCAUGCGGAACAUGCUGUGAAACCAGACGAAUCUGACCUCGUACAUACCAACCAUGAAGAAAGUCGCCAUGGACAUAAUACCCAUAAACAAAUAGGCUACUCUCUUGUCUUCGGAUUCGUUUUCAUGUUACUUGUGGACCAAAUAAGUAAAACAACAGGUGCCAGAAAUGAUCGCUCGGGCCGCAACAGAAUGGGGAUAUCGGCCACAAUUGGUCUUGUUGUGCAUGCAGCAGCCGAUGGAAUUGCACUCGGAAGCGCUUCAACGACUAACAAGUCUGAUGUCCAGCUGAUUGUUUUCAUUGCAAUUAUGUUACAUAAGGCGCCAGCCGCAUUUGGUUUGGUUUCCUUUCUGUUAAUGGAAGGAAUAGACGCUAGAAAUGCGCGAAAACAUCUACUCGUAUUCUCAUGUGCAGCUCCUUUUGCCGCUAUAAUAACAUUUAUUGUUCUCGAAACUAUUGGAAAUGAAUCCAUCUCUUCAUCUGAGUCUUCCACGGGUGUACUUAUGUUGUUUUCUGCAGGAACGUUUCUUUUUGUGGCGACUGUACAUGUUUUACCGGAAUUGGCACAUCAUGGAAGGACCUCGAUUGACUACACUUUAGUGGUAGAUGCGCAGUCUCCUGCAACAGCAGGCCAUUCUCAUUCAGGCGGAACAAACUUCACCAUCAAAGAACUUGCAGCGAUAAUAGGAGGAGCUGUUGUGCCAGCAAUUCUAGCGUCAGGACAUUCACAUUGA